CAGCACCUCCCAGACCUCAGGCCAGGGGUAACAAUGCCGUCGCCACCAUGCCCGACGACAAGAAGCCGCAAAGCAAGACAAUAGUCUUUUUGCACCCGGAUUUGGGCAUUGGCGGGGCAGAGCGGUUGGUAGUGGACGCGGCCGUGGGACUGCAGAAACGUGGGCACAAGGUCGUCAUCUUCACAAGCCACUGCGAUCCCGCCCAUUGCUUUGAAGAGGCCCGAGAUGGCACCCUCGACGUCCGCGUGCGCGGCAACACGCUCGUUCCUCCAACACUCCUAGGCCGCUUCUCCAUUCUGUGCGCCAUCCUGCGCCAGGCGCACCUGAUUCUGCAAAUCGCCCUCUUCACCUCCGAGCUCGCCCGCCUCAGCUCAGACGCCUUCUUCGUCGACCAGCUCAGCGCCGGCCUUCCGCUGCUCAAAACCCUGUGCCCGUCGGCCCCAAUCUUCUUUUACUGCCACUUCCCCGACCUGCUCCUGGUCCAGGGCCGCGCCCGCCCGUGGAAGCGCCUCUACCGCAUCCCCUUUGAUUGGCUCGAACAAUGGAGCAUGGGCUACGCCGACGCCAUCGCCGUGAACUCGGCCUUUACCAAAUCCAUCGUGUCUCGAACCUGGCCUAAACUGGCGCAAAAGCGCGACUUGCAGGUUGUGUACCCCUGCAUCGACACCACCACCACAUCCUCCUCCUCCGCCACCGCCAGCAAAACGGACAAUCAGCAAACAGCAACCGACAACGCGCAGCCAUUACCAACACAACCCCUCCCCUGGAAGAACCACGGCCUGCUCCUCUCAAUAAACCGCUUCGAGCGCAAAAAGAACAUCGCCCUGGCCCUGCACACCUUUGCCCUCCUCCCCCAAACCCCCAAAACCCGCCGCGCCAAGCUGGUCCUCGCGGGCGGGUAUGACCACCGCGUAGCCGAGAACGUAGCCUACCACACCGAGCUGUGCGCGCUGGCUGACAGCCUGGGCCUGAAGCACGCCACGGCCAAGACGCUCGUUUCAGCGCUGAAGCUGAUGCGUGACGACGACGACAAUGAUGAUGAUGAUGAUGACGGCAAGGGGGAUGGGAUCAGGGUCCUAUUCCUCCUGUCGGUGCCCACGGCCUUGAAAGAAUUGCUACUUGCCUCGGCUACGCUGCUGCUCUAUACGCCCAGGGAUGAGCAUUUCGGGAUUGUGCCGCUUGAGGCCAUGCUUCGCGGCGUGCCGGUGCUUGCGGCGGAUAGUGGCGGGCCGAGGGAGACGGUUGUUGAUGGGGUGACGGGGUGGUUGAGGGAUCCGGGGAGGCCGGAGGAGUGGACUGAGGUUGUGAGGAGGGUUUUGGAGGGGGAGGUUGGGGAGGAAAAGUUGGAGGCUAUGGGCAAGGCGGGCAGGGAAAGGGUGAAGGAGAAGUUCGCUGAAGGCCAGAUGGCGGAAAGGUUGGAGGGGAUCUUUGAGAGGAUGGUGGAUAAGCGGAUGAUGGAUUCCCUCGCGGCUUCGGAUCCGAGGGCGAUGUUGGCGUCGCUGGUGCCGGUGUUCUUGGCGGGGGUGGUUGCGCUGGGAGGGCUGCUUGCUGCUGUGGUGAUGCGGCGGGGGUAGUAAGAGUAAGAUUCACGGUAGUGUUGUAAGAGAGCCUACCUCAAGUGGUUUUCCUGUUGUUCCUCCAUUCCAGUGUCAGAAUCGUGACAAGUACCGCAUCAUGUUUCUCACCUUGUCCUAGCACACCCAAUUCACGUGAACAAAACAAG